GAGGAGGAGGAGAGAGCAGAGUAUACCGCAGACAUCAUUUCUACUACAGUGGCGGAGCCGUACAGGACCUGUUUCACUGCAGGGGGAUCCAAAACAAGCCCCUUGGAGCAGCAGCCAGAGCUACAGCAGCCGCAAGACACUGUUUCUCUCCCUCUGCCCCCCCUUCCCCACGCCACCCCAGAUCCAUUUACACUUUACAGAGCAUCGUGCAGCAAAUCACCAGGGUGGUCCAUUUAAACUGCAGAUUUGUCUGUCAUCCUUGGACAGCAGUCUCGUCCUCUCCGGCCACUACAGGGAAGUGCAUCACGUAUCAGCAUAUUGGAGCAAAAUGAAAGAGUUUAUUUUGAGGCCUCCAACGUACUGCUGCUACAGACCAUGAGCAAGAGAGAAAGCGUGGACUUCAGCCUGCACGAAUGGUCUUGAAACACAAGUGGUUUGGGGUCUAGGCAUUUUACACUGAGUUUUCUACUGCUGCCCUUUCUACUCAAGCAAAAUCUGUGUGAAAAGAUCUGCUGGGAAGGAGCUGACUGCUUACAUUUCUCCCUUGUGAUGAAAGCACAUGGUACAGUUUUCCAAAGAAAUUAGUUCAUUUUCUGGGUGCAGAGAAACCAGUCUUCUGUCUUCAUAGGGCCCCUAUUCAUAUCGUAAGACUCGGUUCAGCUGCUUUUCCUGGCUCCCCUUCUUCCAAGGUUUUUUUCACUUCUCUCUCAAAGGAGGAAAGAACACGCCUGAGCCCAGGAGCUUCUCGUGUGAAGUGCCCGCGGUGACGGAAGGCUGGGGCUUCCCGUGAUCAGCGCACAGUGAAUGUUAUUCCAGAGCUGCGGCUGGCGGAUCGCACCCACGGGGAGAUGAUUCCUCAUGAAGAGCCUGGAUCCCCCACAGAAAUCAAAUGUGACUUUCCAUUUAUCAGACUAAAAUCAGAGCCAGCCAGACAGUGAAACAGUCACCGUGGAGGGGGGACGGCGAAAAAUGAAAUCCAACCAAGAGCGGAGCAACGAAUGCCUGCCUCCCAAGAAGCGCGAGAUCCCCGCCACCAGCCGGCCUUCGGAGGAGAAGGCCACCGCCCUGCCCAGCGACAACCACCGGGCGGAGGGCGUGGCAUGGCUCCCGGGCAACCCUGGUGGCCGAGGUCUCGGGGGCGGGAGGCAGGGCCCGGCGGGGACUUCGGUGGAGCUUGGUUUACAACAGGGAAUAGGUUUACACAAAGCGCUGUCCGCGGGGCUGGACUACUCCCCACCCAGCGCGCCCAGGUCUGUGCCAGCGACCACCACGCUGCCCACGGUGUACCCUCCCCCGCAGUCAGGGACUCCGGUGUCGCCCGUGCAGUACGCUCACCUGCCGCACACUUUCCAGUUCAUCGGGUCCUCCCAAUACAGCGGGCCCUACGCAGGGUUUAUCCCUCCGCAGCUGAUCUCCCCAACGGCCAGCCCCGUCACCAGUGCAGUGGCCUCUGUCGGGGGGGCCACCACUCCAUCCCAGCGCUCCCAGCUGGAGGCCUAUUCCACUCUGCUGGCCAGCAUGGGCAGUCUGAGCCAAGCCUCAGGACACAAGGCUGAGCAGCAGCAGCAGCAGCAGCAGCAGCAGCACUUGGGCAGGACUCCGGGGCUCAUCGCGCCAGGGUCCCCACCACCCACCCAGCAGAACCAGUACGUCCACAUUGCCAGCUCUCCGCAGAACGCCGGGCGCACGGCCUCUCCUCCGGCCAUCCCCGUCCACCUCCACCCCCACCAGACGAUGAUCCCACACACGAUCACCCUGGGGCCCUCCCCCCAGGUCGUAGUGCAAUACACCGACUCUGGCAGCCACUUUGUCACUCGGGAGGCCUCCAAGAAAGCCGAGAGCAGCAGGCUGCAGCAGGCCAUGCAGGCCAAGGAGAUCCUGAACGGGGAGAUGGAGAAGGGCCGGAGGUACGGGGCUCCCGCCUCAGCCGACCUGGGCCUGGUCAAGGCCAGCAGCAAGUCAGCUCCUCACCCCUACGAGUCCAGGCACGUGGUCGUCCACCCCAGCCCCUCCGACUAUGGCAGUCGAGACUCCGCAGGGGUCCGGGCCUCUGUGAUGGUCCUGCCCAACAGCAACACCCCCGUUUCGGACCUGGAAGCACAGCAGGUCGCGCACCGCGAGGCCUCCCCCUCCACCCUCAAUGACAAAAGCGGCCUGCAUUUAGGGAAGCCCGGGCACCGCUCCUACGCGCUCUCGCCCCAACAGGCUCUGGGCCCCGAAGGCGUGAAGGCCGCCACCGUCGCCACACUGUCACCCCACACGGUCAUUCAGACCACACAUAGCGCUUCGGAGCCACUCCCAGUUGGACUGCCAGCCACAGCCUUCUACGCAGGGACUCAGCCGCCUGUCAUCGGCUACCUGAGCAGCCAGCAGCAAGCGAUCACCUACGCUGGCAGCCUGCCCCAACACCUCGUCAUCCCCGGCACCCAGCCCCUGCUCAUCCCGGUUGGCAGUGCUGACGUGGAGGGGUCGGGAGCAGCCUCUGCGAUAGCCACGUCGUCACCCCAGUUUGCAGCAGUGCCUCACACGUUCGUCACCACCGCCCUUCCCAAGAGCGAGAACUUCAGCCCAGAGGCCCUGGCCACCCAGGCCGCCUACCCGGCCAUGGUGCAGGCCCAGAUCCACCUGCCCGUGGUGCAGUCGGUGGCGUCCCCUGCGGCAGCGCCCCCGACGCUGCCCCCCUACUUCAUGAAAGGCUCCAUCAUCCAGUUGGCCAACGGGGAGCUGAAGAAGGUGGAGGACUUGAAAACGGAAGACUUCAUCCAGAGCGCAGAGAUCAGCAACGACCUGAAGAUCGACUCCAGCACUGUGGAGAGGAUCGAGGACGGCCACAGCCCGGGUGUCGCUGUGAUCCAGUUUGCCGUCGGGGAGCACCGGGCACAGGUCAGCGUGGAAGUUUUGGUAGAGUAUCCUUUUUUUGUGUUUGGACAGGGCUGGUCAUCCUGCUGUCCGGAGAGAACCAGCCAACUCUUUGAUUUGCCGUGCUCCAAACUCUCCGUUGGGGAUGUCUGCAUUUCGCUGACCCUCAAGAACCUGAAGAACGGCUCUGUUAAAAAGGGCCAGUCCGUGGAUCCCGCCAGCGUCCUGCUGAAGCACUCAAAGACCGACACCCUCGCGGGCAGUAGACACAGGUACGCAGAGCAGGAAAAUGGAAUCAAUCAGGGAAGUGCCCAGAUGCUCUCUGAGAACGGCGAACUGAAGUUUCCAGAAAAAAUAGGAUUGCCUGCAGCGCCCUUGCUCACCAAAAUAGAACCCAGCAAGCCCGCAACAACGAGGAAGAGGAGGUGGUCAGCGCCGGAGACCCGCAAACUGGAGAAGUCAGAAGACGAGCCACCUUUGACUCUUCCUAAGCCUUCUCUAAUUCCUCAGGAGGUUAAGAUUUGCAUUGAAGGCCGGUCUAAUGUAGGCAAGUAGAAGCAGUGUGGGGAAAGGAAAUUCGGCUCUCCCUUAUCAUUUGUAUCCAGAUUACUGUACUGUAGGCUAAAUAACACAGUAUUUACAUGUUAUCCUCUUCCUUUAGGUUUCUGUUAUAACCUUGUCGUUAGAGUUACAGCUGGUGUUGCACAGGAGACUGGUGCAUAUGCUUUUUCUGGUUGUCUGUCAGUGGGCAAGUGGGGGGCGAGAGCAGGGCCAGUCUGGGCGCCAGGUAUCCUGGUGGAAGUGAAUGUGGCUUUAGAGCACCUGCCUUUUCUAGCCGCACAGAAACAUCCACUGGGUGCGACUUCUGCUGGUUUCCGGAGGAAGUUCCGAGGGAAGGGGAUUGCAGGGGGUGCGUGCGUGCGGGGCUGCAGCGGUGCCACAGCAAGUGAGGGGCUUUUUCUCUCUGCCUCCCCCGUCUCACUCUCUCUUGCUCUCAGCACGGGAUGGGAGGUCCAGAGACAGGUCCUCAGAAGGUCUCAUGUGCGAAAUAAACAUCAGGGACCCAGCGUCAGGGCACCCUAGAAAGACAUCGACAACAGGUGGAAAGCGAACCAUGUAAAAGAACAUUUUUCCCCCUCCGACAUAUUUUACAAUAAAAGCAACUUUUAAUCAUAUAGAUAUAUAUUUCCCCCUAUGGGGCCUGACUGCACUGAUUUUUUUUUUUUAAGAGCAACUGCCACACGUGGGAUUUCGUUUGUGCUUCACGAGAGCAGCGACGUGCCGGGUGUCUGGCGGGCAGGGCAGCCCUGCCGCAUCGCUCCGCGUAGGGCUGGUGGGCUGCGGGGUGGAGAGCAAACACCCACUCUGGUUUCUGUGCAGUGUUAGGAAAACCAAUCAGGUUAUCACAUUGACUUCUCUCCCAAGAGGUAGACACGACCUGCCCUUCCGAGAGCCGCAGAAGCUCUUCACAUUGGGUUUGCAAAUCUUUUGUCUUUUAACUCUAGUACUGUUUAUAGUUCAUGACUAUGGACAACUUGGGUGCCACUUUUUUCAGAUUCCAGUGUGACGUGAGGAAUUAGAUUUUGAAGACGAGCAUAUAUAUUACUAUCUCUAAGCACUUAAAAUGCUGUUCACACUUUAUUACCAAGCAUCUUGGUCUAUCAUUCAACAAGUACUGUAUCUCACUUUAAAGUCUUUGGGAAGAAAAACAAAAAAAACUAAGUUGCUUUCUUUUUUCAACACUGUAACUACAUUUCAGCUCUGCAGAGUUUCUCACGUCAAGAUACUGAAAGUUUCAAUGUGGUUUAACAGGAUGAAUGUGAAUUAUGAACUAGUAUGUGGCCAUGAAUGACCACCAAGGACAGCCUGGCAGGAAGGCACGUCUCACUUUGAUGUUUGAGAAAGAAUUAAAGGCAUAUGCAGAGCUGGCAGAGAAACUGAGAGAAAAGAGAUGGAAAAAAAAAAUACUCAUUUUUGUCCAGUGUUUUUUCUUUUUAAGAUGAACUUUUAAAGAACCUUGCAAUUUGCACAUCUUGAGUUUAUAAUUUGUGUGAUAUUCCUGCAGUUCUUAUCCAAUAACAUUGUGGGAAAGGUUUGGGGGACUGAACGAGCAUAAAUAAAUGUAGCAAAAUUACUUUCUAACCUGCCUAAACCGUAGGCUGUUUUAUAAGGUUAUGUUCCUUUCAAAAUUCAUUUUGGUCUUUCUGCCACAUCUGUCACAAAAACCAGGUCUUAGCAGGACAACUCUGAGGAUUUUCUUCAAAUUCAUUGAGAGAGUUUUCCAUAGAGACAUUUAUAUAUGUGAGAAAGUUUUUUUUAACAAUUACUUCAUUAUUGUUGUUGUUAAUGUUAUUUCCAGAAUGACAUAUUUUUUCCAUCUGAAAUCAAAUCAAGAUUUAAUGUUUGGUACAAACCCAGAAAGGGUAUUUUAUAGUUUAAACCUUCCAUUCCCAGAGAACUGAAAUAUUAUCUGUGGGUUUUGAGUUUGCAUCUCCAAAGUACUUUUAAAAAAAAGUUUUAUACGUAGGGAGAAUUUUUUUUUUUUUUAAAUAUUCUUACUUGGAAUGGCUGCAACGAAUCUGAACAAAUACUUCUGAUUUUCUUUCUUUUACCACUGAAAAUAGUACUUUCUCCAUUUCACAAAUGUAAAAAGAAAUUCUAAGGUCAACCCACAUUUUGGCUAUCUGGUAUUCCUUCCCAUUUUGUUCUCACCAGGACUAAUUUUCUAUAACCCAUUUUUCUGGGAUGUACCAAAAAAACCUUUGAAUAGAUACAGAAUAGCUAGAACCGGUCCUGGACUUUUCUUCGAAUUUCAUUACCCUCUCAGCAUGCUGGCGGAGAGCGGGGUGGGCCUGUUCUCCCAGUCAUAAUGCUUAUUUAGUGCUGUAUUUUUAAAGCGUUUCUGUUCAAAAAGAUUUGCUUAAUCUUCCAUAUAUUCUGCUCAGGGCACUUGCAGUUAUUAGGUUUUGUGUUUCUUUUUGUUUUAUAACCUUUGAUGGUAAGAGGAAUACGGGCUGCCACAUCGACUUUGUCCUCAUUCGUACCACUAUUUACAGCCACUCAUGUGGACUCAGAAAAACACACACCACCUUUUGGCUCACUUUGUGUAUUGAACUAAGUGGAUCCACAACACCAACACUAAAGUGGGAAGACAUACACGGUUUGGAGCAAUAGGAACAUCAUCAUUUUCAUGCUUCUAUUUCAGGUAUAGGAAUUAUAAGAGGAUUGGUUCUUUCUAAACGUUGUCCCACUUCAUUCUCCUGCUUUAUUAGCAUGUGCAAUACUUUCCGUGCCAAUAGAGUCUGAUCAGUGUGCUCUAGCUGAAGCUCGCACCCUUUUGGCUUUUUCCUUGUUUGGAGGGAAGGAGCCAGGACGGGGAGAGCCUCCCACUGCGAGCUCCCCUCCGCUGCCCUGGAUGCUGAGUGCUGGGCGGGAGCCUUCAGGAGCCCAGGUGUCUGUCGUCGAUGCUGCAGGAAGAGCAAAGGAGAUGUGGGGGACAAGCUGCAGUUCCCCUGUCACCAUGAGGAAUAGUGGAUGUGGAGAGGAAGGAGGCAGAGUCAUUUCUAAGGCGCACUCUGGAGCAAUAUUGCCAGGAUCACCCCAUUUUCCAGGCCCUUUUCCGCAAGUGGGCAGGCCCCUCCUCAGGUCUGUGUCCUUGAGACUUUGAGCUGCACCUCUGAGCCUGGGCAGGACGCGUGGCCUGGUGUGCGCGUGCUCGGAGCGCGAGGGCCAGCGGCUGCGGAGGGGGCCACCUGCGAACACUGCUCACCUCUCCUCUGUGGCAGCUUUCUCUUCAAAUAGGAAGAACAUCCAGGGGACAGGGAGCCUCCUCUUGUUUGCAGACACUGGGGAGUCUGAGGCUCCCCGAGCAGCCUUUGUCACCACUCCUGUGUAGCAAACCUAGCAAUGACAGGCGUAGAAAUUCUUCGGUGCCCUGCCGCUUACAAGGAUCAGCCGUGUGCCUCUGUACUAUGUCCACUUUGCAAUAUUUACUGACAGCCGUCUUCAGUUCUUUCUUCCCUGUUUCCCAUUUUUAAACUAAUAACAGCAGGCCUUUUGCGUUUACAAUGGAACACAAUCACUGAGAAAUUAGUCAGGGUGAAAAGAAAAAAUAGAAACCAACAAACAAGAACCUCUCUUCAUAGGGAUUUCUAAAUAUGGAAAAUGACUGUUCCUUAGAAUGUUUAACUUAAGAAUUAUUUCAGUUUGUCUGGGCCACACUGGGGUGGAGAUAAACAGAUGGGUGCCACUUACCUCAAAUCUUUUGAAGUGGAAAUCCAAAUUGCAUUUUCAUUUGGACUUUCAGGAUAAUUUUCUAUGUCAGUUUUCUGUUUUCCCCAACUCGCCCAGUUUGGUUUGGGACAGUUUGAUUUUUUUCGUUGCUGUUGUCGAUCCCAUUUCUAACUCUGAAUUGUGACCCUAUGUGUUUUUUGUUGGGUGAGUGUGUUAGGUUUUUUCCCCCAGCAGGAAGUGGCAGCAUCUUCCUUCUCCCCUACACGGAACUCUGCGGAACCUUUCACACCUCUUACUCAGGGACGGGGCUGGCGUGUGUGUGGUACACUGAUGUGUCCAGAAGCAGCACUUUGACUGCUCUGGAGUAGGGUUGUACAACUUCAAGGAAUGUUUGGAUUUCCUGCACCUUGUGGAUUACUCCUUAGAUCCUGCAUAGAUUGCAAUAUAAUGCUGCAUGUUCACGAUGAACAGUAGCUCCUAGUGAUCAUAAAAUCCACUCUUUGCACAUAGUUUGAUCUUUACUGAAAUGUGUUGCCAAAAUUUAUUUUUGUUGUAGCUUUGGAAUUUUUUUGUUUGUUUGUUUUUUAAGGAAACAAUUGACAGUACCCUUUAACAUCUGUGACUACUAAGGAAACCUAUUUCUUUCAUAGAAAAAUCUCAGAUGCUUUUGAAGACACUAAUGCCAUGCUAUUUCAGAUUUGGGUGAAGAAGCAGAGCUCUUGGGACAGAAGGCCAGGCUUUUUGAGCUGUGUUGGUUGCCAUGGCUACUGUUUCAUGAACCGCAAGCAGCUCAACAAACUGUGGUCUGUUCUUCCUAAAACCCUUUGCACUUCCUAGUUCCUAGUCACCCGUGAUAAUUCCGGGUGAAAACAGGGCCGGCAGUCUCCGCGGCCCAGCCCAGCUUCUUUGGUGGCGAUAUGAAAGAAAAGGGAAUUACGCUUUUUUUUUUUUUCCAAUUCUUUAAAGUGGAGUGGAGGCCUUUGCUUCCACUUUUGUGUUUUCAACCCAGAAUUUCUGAAAUAGAGAAUUUAAGACAACAUCAAGUAAUAAAUAUACAGAGAAUAUACUUUUUUAUAAAGCACAUGCAUAUGCUAUUGUGUUGGGUUGGUUUCCUCUCUUUUCCACGGACAGUGUUGUGUUUCUGUUGAUAGGGAAACUCCAAACAAUUUGCACACCUCUACUCUGGAGCUGAGAUUUCUUCUACAUAGAUGACCUCGCUUCAAAUAUGUUACCUUACUGAUAGGAUCUUUUCUUGUAGCACUAGACCUUGUGAGAAUUUUCUUUUUCUUUUUAAUGUACACCUAAUUUGAGAAACUGAAGAAAAAAAUUUUUGAGGCACUCACUUUGAGGAGUACAGGUAAUGUUUUAAAAAAUUGCACAAAAGAAAAAAUGAAUGUCGAAAUGAUUCAUUCAGUGUUUGAAAGAUAUGGAUCUGUUGAAACAAUGAGUUUCAUACCUUGUUUGUAAAAAAACAAAACAAAAAAGCAGCAGCAUAAAGGUUGAAAGUUACAUGUUUUUUUGUAUAUAGAAAUUUGUCAUGUCUAAAUGAUCAGAUUUGUAUGGUUACGGCCUGGAAGAGUUACCGCGUCAAAGGCUCUUACACUGCACCUAUGCUUCCUUUACGUUUGUGUCCCACAGAGCCCCCUGCGGAGGGAGGGCGACUCUGUGUUCUACAGUUUGAAAAUACUGUCCAUUCCUAUGCUGAAAGUACUUCUCUGAGCUCCCUUCUUAGUUUAAACUCUGAAGCCAUGGCAACUCCUUUUUCUUCAGAAAUGAUGUUUGAUAUUUUCAGCACUUCCUGUUCCAAUAAACCCAAAGAAUACAAUCCUGAACAAGAAGUGUUUGUAACAAGGGAUCCUAGCUACCAAUAAAACAGGACUCAUUGCAAGGACAUUUAAAAAAAAAAAAAAGUUCAUUCUCUCCCCCCACACCUCAUUUAAAUGGGGGGGUAAAACAAGAAAUUCAAUUUAAAUGCCUCAUUUUACUUUAGUUAAUUUUUUCUUUAAUACUGAGGCCAAAAUAAAUGUGGGGCAACGUCUCAGAAGAGGCAUACUCUGUCCAAAAAUCAAGCCAGCCAGCGGAUACUGGACAGCUGUGGGGACAUUGAGCAAGCCCACCUACAAUUCUUAAAUUCAGGAUCUCAGCUUCUCCCUUACCGUUAAAUGCAACAUUUCUGGUAGCUGACACUCACCUGUACGGUGGCGGGAGGGGACAGUAGCUUUGGUUUUGUGUCCUCUUGACUUGCAUACAAACGGUUCAGCUGUAUUAAAAUUAAGUGCAUUUGGCCAAUAGGUAGUAUCUAUAAAAUAAUAGUCUCUAAGGAUUUCCAUAACUUAUCUGAAAGGACUCAAGUCUUCCACUGCAGAUAAUUGGAGACUUUGCCCAAGUUUUCUUUCCCUUUAGUUUGUUCGUUUACUGUCUAGAUGGCCAAUGAGCCUGUCUCCUUUUCCAUGGCCAGUCUGAAGGCCUCCGUUGGAAGCGUUGUUUACAGUAACCUUUGCUGAGGUAACAUACUGUCCUCUGGAAAAUCAGGUCUGAGGUGACACUAGCUCAGAGCUGUUGUCUUUAAAGAGCAGUUACCAAGAAGUCGGGUGUGUGUAGGUUUCCUCUGGUUCUCCCAGGAACCACCUACUCUUUAAGUUAUGAUCUGGUCCAGGGGUGGGGUGAAUUCUUUAAUCUGUGAACAUUGAACUUGACACCUGUGCAUUUGGUUCUGUGAAUACUGCCCUUUUGGCCUCCGGGGGAGGUUUCUCCUUCCCCAGCCGUCACUGCUCGCCUGUAAAUCCAAAUUAGUGUCAGCCGAGGGGAGGUUUCAGGACAGCCCUAGUGUCCGUGGUGGCCUUCAGCGAAGACAGGGCCCUAGUUUAUAGCCAGUGAGAUCCUGGCCCCAGAACCUCUGAGAUUCUGAGAUUCGUCCCUCUGAAUGUUUUAAUAGCCGGUUAUUACCCACUAAACCUCCAACCACAUGCCUCCCAUGGGCCAAGGGAAAAGAGACGCCAGAACUGUGAGGGCACUAUCAGACUGACGUGGCCAGUACAGAGGAAAACUAGGGAAGGAGUGAUGUUUUGCACCUUAUUGAAAAGAAACUAUUAAGUGCAUACAUAGUUAAGAGCUUUUAUUGUGACAGGAGAACUUUUUUCCAUAUGCGUGCAUACUCUCUGUAAUUCCAGUGUAAAAUAUUGUACUUGCACUAGCUUUUUUAAAACAAAUAUUAAAAAAAAAAUGGAAGAAUUCAUAUUCUAUUUUCUAAUCGUGGUGUGUCUAUUUGUAGGAUACACUCGAGUCUGUUUAUUGAAUUUUAUGGUCCCUUUCUUUGAUGGUGCUUGCAGGUUUUCUAGGUAGAAAUUAUUUCAUUAUUAUAAUAAAACAAUGUUUGAUUCAAAAUUUGAACAAAAUUGUUUUAAAUAAAUUGUCUGUAUACCAGUACAAGUUUAUUGUUUCAGUAUACUCGUACUAAUAAAAAUAACAGUGCCAAUUGCA